GCCUGGAAUGCACAAGUCUCCAUCCAGCCAACUCUGGCCCCUUCUGCCGGCUCCAGCUCGAGUCUAGCCGUGUUGGGACGACGUCUCGGCCGUUCCAUGGCCAUCAUCCCGACGCCAGAUUCACCUGUCGGUUGGCAACCAUCCUCUCCGACCGGAGCCAUGCAUCGCUCAAGUUCUGCGCACAGCGGCGGUACGCCCCGGAUUCUGACCGACGCGGUGGCCCCGAGCCCGCCAGUUGCCAGGGCCAAAGCCGCCGGAUUCGGGUAUGCUCCAGUGCCUCGGGCCGGCCAGUUCAGCGCAAGGACACCGGCACCGGCACCGGCACCCCCCCUCAUCGCCGCCAGAGGCAGGCCGGCGACGGGACCGGCCACCUCCACGAAGUUGGUCAGUCUGACGGGUCGGCCAGGGUUUCGACGGGCCAGAGGGGCCGCGGGGACUGAGGCAACAGCCGGGCUGAAGCUCCACGAUGGUCGCAUCGAAGGGGAUGCAUACGACGCAGACGGCAACGGCAACGGCGAUGGCGAUGACGACGGCGACGGCGAAAACAGCGACGUGGUUCCGGCAGGACAGAGGCAGCGCAAGGGCGCCAACGACGACACAAGCUGGCCCAGCGUCGAGCCGAGUCUGUCGCCGCUACCAAUACGCCAACUUCCUCGCCAGCAGCUGCAUCAUCGGCAGCAGAUUAUGCACUACGGCCAGCCAAACAGUCAACAUCAACACCAACACCAACGUCAACACCAGCAACACCAGUCGGGCCAGUCAUUGGGCUCCGAGACGAGGACCGGAUCGGAGACUCUGGAACAGCCGGCCGAAUGGACGAAUCUGCCUCCGGGCACGCCAGGUGUGGUGCGACGCCAAAUUCACCGAUUACAACAGCACCAGUACCAACACCAACACCAAAAUCAGCAGCAGCAGCAGCAGAUGAGCCCAGUGGGGCUGCGACCUCUAGGCGGAUGGAGCGAGCAGCCUCUGGCCCUGCCGAUCCGAUCACCCCGGACGGAUAAAGAGACAAAGCCCGCUGUCGUCAAGUAA